AUGCUGUGCUGGGGGAAUGCCAAGGAUGGGCAGUUGGGUAUUGGUGUGGAGAAGAACCCUGUGUUUGAGCCGAGGAACUGUCAUGUGUUCAGUGGCAGGGGAUUGAAAGAGGUCGCCUGUGGAGGACAACACUCUGUGUUUCUUAUGUAUGAUGGCAGUGUGUACACAUGUGGCUCUAACAGCUGGGGACAGCUGGGUCAUGACAAAGCAGGGACUUCCCCAGAGGUUGUUGGGGCUCUGGAUACCCAAAAGAUUGCGAUGGUGUCAUGCGGUCGGGGCCAUUCGAUGGCAGUGAAUGAACAGGGUCAACUGUUUGCCUGGGGAGCUGGUGAUGGGGGACAGCUGGGACUGGGGACCACAGAGACGACUGUUCGAAUUCCCAGGUUGGUCAAAAGACUGUGUGACCAUCGCAUCUCUCAAGUAAUGUGUGGGAAUCAGCACUGCAUCGCACUUUCUAGAGAUGGCCAGCUGUUCACAUGGGGCCAGAACACCAGCGGGCAGCUCGGGUUGGGGAAAGGAGAGCCCAGCAAGCUGUUCCCUCAUCCUCUAAAGUCUCUGGCAGGAAUUCCUUUGGCACAAAUAACGGCAGGAGGAGACCACAGUUUUGCCCUCUCAUUGUCUGGAGCUGUAUUUGGCUGGGGCAAAAACAGAGAUGGACAACUGGGCCUUAAUGAUAAACAAGAUCGUGCCGUCCCAUGCCACAUCAAAUUUUUGAGAUCUCAGAAAGUUGUUUACAUCAGCUGUGGAGAUGAACAUACAGCAGCCUUGACAAAGGAUGGCGGCUUGUUUACGUUUGGUGAUGGCUCGUGGGGUCAGCUGGGUCACGGCUCCACCAAUAGUGAGCUUUUACCUAGACGAGUGCUGGAGCUCAUGGGCACCGAGGUGUCCCAAAUCGCCUGUGGCAGGCACCACACGUUGGCGUUCGUGCCUUCCUCUGGCGUGGUAUAUGCGUUUGGUUGUAACAGCCAUGGCCAGCUGGGAACAGGAAUACUGGGGGAUGCCAGAAGCCCAUUUCCUGUCAAGGCCAGUUUCCUGACUGGAAAAUUCCAUAGAAGAGAAUCAAAACAGUAUACCGUGACCAAAAUCAUCUGUGGAGGAGACCAUAGUUUCUUAUUGUAUUCUAAUGAGCAGACCUCUGUCCCCUCGGAAGACUUCAGAGUGAUUAAUAUUGGCAAAAGUCUCUCACCAAUCAGUUAUGAAAGUUUGAAUUCGUUGAGGCUGAAACUGAUGUACAACACAGACUCUAGCGUCACAAAUGACGUCAUAGUUCAGCUGUCCUCGACGGCGUGCUGGAAUGCCAGCUUCUUGGACCAAAGUGAUGAUACCCAUUUCAAAACCAACCCAAAGAUCCCAGGCAUCGAUCUCAACUCUGUCAGAAUGCUGUUUGAGACUCUGAGCAAACCAGCUUUCUCUGAACUCAUGGAGCAGGCCACCAAGAGUUUUGAGAGCCUGCUGAUCCCUCAGCUGCCACGCUCCCCUCCUGAUGUCGAGGCCAUGAGGAUCUACCUCAUCUUGUCAGAGUACCCGGCCCUGCAGGACUCCAAAAACUACAUCCGCCUCACUAUACCCCUAGCAAUGGCUAUUCUGCGGCUAGAUGCCAACCCCAGCAAAGUAUUGGACAACUGGUGGUGUUUCGUGGACGGCAGCGUGUUCACCCGAAUGGUCGACAUGUACAAGAGCAUUGUUGUCUUUAUGCUAACUGGAGGCAAGACUGUGCUCGUGCCCAUGUUCUAUGAGAACUAUUUUCUUGCUACUCUUCGGCUGCUGGAAAAGCUUCACAAGGUAAACUUGAAGGCACAACACGUGGAGUACAACCGCUUUUACAUCCCAGACAUCACCAGCCUCGUGGACAUCCAGGAAGACUACCUCAAAUGGUUUCUGAGUAAAGCUGAGAUUAAAGUGGGAUCAUCCCCUUCACAGAGUGACUUUCCCGCAGUAAACCUAUGUGCCUACCCGUUCAUACUGAACGCAAAAGCCAAGACAACCAUGCUGCAAACUGAUGCUGAACUGCAAAUGCAGAUGGCAGUAAGCGGUGCAAACCUACACAAUGUCUUUAUGCUGCUCACACUGGAACCCCACCUCGCUAGGAACCCUUACCUGGUGCUCCAUGUGCGCAGGAGCCAUUUAGUAAGCGACACACUACGCGAGCUCACCAUGUACUCUGACGUGGACCUCAAGAAACCACUCAAGGUGAUCUUUGAUGGAGAGGAGGCCGUAGACGCAGGCGGCGUAACUAAAGAGUUCUUCCUGCUGCUGUUGAAGGAGCUGAUGGAUCCCGUGUAUGGGAUGUUCACUCAUUACAAAGAGUCCAACCUGCUCUGGUUCUCAGAUAAAUGUUUUGUAGAGCAGAACUGGUUCCACCUGAUCGGGAUCAUCUGCGGUCUGGCCAUCUAUAACGCCACAGUGGUGGACCUCCACUUCCCCCUGGCUCUCUACAAGAAGCUGCUCGAGGUGUCACCCACGCUGGAAGACUUCAAAGAGCUCUCACCCACCGAAGCCCGGAGUUUACAACAGCUUUUAGACUAUGAAGGAAGUGACGUGGAGGAGACGUUUCUUCUCAACUUUGCUAUCACCAGGGAGAACUACGGGAUGACAGAAGUCAAGGAGCUGAUUCCCGGAGGAGAGAGCCUCGCUGUGGACAAAAACAACAGGAAGGAGUUUGUGGAGGCCUACCUGUGCUACGUGUUCUCAGACUCGGUGGGGGAGCAGUACUCUGCCUUCUCUGCUGGUUUCCUGAAGGUGUGUGGUGGUGAGAUCCUGUCUCUGUUCCAGCCCUCCGAGCUGAUGGCCAUGGUGGUCGGCAAUAAUAACUACAACUGGGAGGAGAUGGAGAAGAACGCCGUUUAUAAGGGGGAGUACACCGCCACUCAUCCAACAGUCAGAUUGUUCUGGGAGGUUUUCCACGAGUUCCCUCUGGAAAAGAAGAAGCAGUUCUUGUUGUUCCUGACCGGUAGCGACCGCAUUCCCAUCCACGGCAUGGAGAGCCUGCGCAUCAUCAUCCAGUCUACCACAGCAGAGGAGCACUACCUGCCCGUGGCCCACACCUGCUACAACCUGCUGGACAUGCCCCGCUACCAGACCAAAGAGAUCCUGCGCCGCCGCCUCACUCAGGCCGUGGAGCAGUACGAGGGCUUCAGCCUGGUCUGAGGGGAGUCCCAGGGGAGACUUAACGCACUUUAACAGCAAUACACCCCCACGUGAGUGUCAAGAGUGUGAGUGGGCAAUUUUUGGACACGGGAGGGUCACUCUGUUUAUAUAUGGUCUAACAAGAUCGUUAAGCAUCUUGAAUCUUAAAGGUCUAUGUAUGUAAAUGCAGAGUGUUAUUGCUUUUUUGCUUUGGGCAAAGUUCCUCAGCCUUCCAGGACCAUUUAGAGGGGAAUCAAAUGACUGAUAGAUAACAGCCAACAUGGAAAUUAACCAAAAAAGCACUAAAUGGACUAAAAUGUGCAGAACGACCCUGGAUUAUGAAAACUUCGGGACCUAAAAACCAGGACCAGAGAAGGUUGAGAAACUCUUAAUUUCUUUUUGCUUAGUUUUGUUUGCAAAGCUGUGUAUUUUAUAUUCCUUAAAUUCUAUUUUUAAUCAUUAAAGAAUCAUGUUAUUACCUUGA